AACUCCCUGUAAAUGAUCACGUGUGAGCACGUUGAUCUCGUUGCAUCCCACAGCGAGAGGUAGCUUACUAGCUUAUUUGUUCAUUUCGUUUUGGUUUUUAUUCCAUUUUUGUUUUUAGCUGUUCUUUUACUCGAUCAAAUAUUUCACCGAAGAAUGAGCGAUAACGAUGACAUCGAGGUUGAUAGUGACGCAGACAAACGGGCACAUCACAAUGCGCUGGAGCGCAAACGUAGGGACCACAUCAAAGACAGCUUCCACAGUUUACGGGAUUCGGUGCCUGCGCUGCAAGGGGAAAAGCAAUCUAUCAAACAGGCCUCCCGAGCUCAAAUCCUAGACAAAGCCACAGAGUACAUCCAAUACAUGCGGCGGAAAAACCACACGCACCAGCAGGACAUCGACGACCUGAAAAGGCAGAACGCUCUGCUGGAGCAGCAAGUCCGUGCACUGGAGAAGGCCAAGGGCCACACCCAGCUCCAGGCCAGCUACCCCUCGUCCGACAGCAGCUUGUACACCAACCCCAAGGGCAGCGCCGUGUCGGCCUUCGACGGGGGGUCCGACUCCAGCUCCGAGUCCGAGCCGGAGGAGCCGCCCAACAGAAAGAAGCUACGCCUGGAGGCCAGUUAGACCCGCCCCCGGGAACGCCCCUGCGCCGUCCCGGGGCAUCCGGACCACAGACUCUCCCGUCCCUCCUGCUCUCCGCCUCUUCCCAGCCCUUUCACACCAGUCCAGGAGAGGGGGGGCAGACUGCAAGGAAGAUUGUAAGGACGAGAAGAAAUCUAUCGCUUCCGCCUUUCUUUCACCUCUCCAUCAUCCCAGCGUUAUUUUCUCAGCAACGGCAACAAUCCAAGUCUGUGCAAGGCAGCUUUUUGCAGUUGAAGGACUCAAUGCUUUUGUAACCUCAGAGCAAUCCUUAUUGUCAAAUCUGGACAAUAGAAAGUCAUAUAGCUAAAAGUAAUGCAAAAAAAAAAAGAAAAAACUUUUUUGGGGGAAUCACUUGUAUGAACCUGUUCAAAACAUUUUGAAAAUUUACACAAAUCCUUAAAAGAAUUGCCCUUAAGAGCAGUUGGCUUUUUAAUGUUUGUACUUUUCCACAAAAGAAUGUGAAGUUAAAAAAUAUGUAUGUAUAAGCAACCCACCUCAGGCCCUAUAAAUGGCUGAAGCUUUCCAUUUUGAAUAUUUUUAAUUCCCUAUAUUGAAAGUGAUGUAUUGAAAGAAAUUGUAUUGUACUUUGUCCUUUCGCUUGAAAUAGUGAAUGAAGUUAGUUGGCUGAAUUUAGGCUUCAAAGUUUAAAAAAUAAAAUAAAUGGGAUAAUUCUUUUUCAGGUUCAUCAAGGUAUGUUUAGUAUUUUGCAUUGUUCUCAUGGAAAUGAGAAAAUGAACUGCUACAUGUAGUUUUCCCAAGUUAUAAAAUAGAUAUUGAAUGUUCUACCAAUGCAGUUAAAGGUAGUUACCUUUAUUUUUAUUAAAGGAAAAAAUGUCCAUAUCAGUGUGUUGUGCAUUACACUGUAAACUCUUAUAAAUGUUGCUGAUUUAAAUUUUACAAAAAUAACUUCCCUGGAGGCAUUUGUCUGUCUAGGGUAUGUGUGUAUGUAUGUCAUUUUCCUUUUUUCAUUAUUAGGACAUAAUUAGUGUGUGCUAUAGAUCUUUGUUUGAUUCCAUUCCAUGGAAAUUACAGGUAUGUUGUACAUACUGCCAACAAUUGUCUUGCAAGUUGAGGCCUACCUUUACUAUGAGACUAUAAAUAAAGCUAUUUUAUCCUUUA